AUGGUCCGAGGCCACUCGAUCUCAAUUUUGGGGACCCUGUUGGGCAUCCUAUUGAUACCUGCCACUGCCUUCCGCUCUGGUCUGAACGUUGUCUCCGGCGGGGAGUUCCCCACACCUUGUCCACGGACUUGCUUUGAUGCCGGUCCCGAUCACACCGGGUGGGACGUCUACGCUUCUCUUGCCGAACUCCGACAAUGCCAGCAAUCUGUUGUGUUCGAUUUCGCCAUUUACAAUCCUCCCACCGUCAACCCACAGCACAUCAGAGCCUGCUCGGUUUGGGGAGGUCAGCUCUUCAACGAGGCACCCAGCCCCAUUCAAGUCAGCCGAAGAGCCGCCAAUAUCAGUAACAAAACGACUGUCCCUUCAGAUGUGGAGCUGGCCUGGUGGGGCGACUCGCCAGUUUCUGACUCGGAAGACAGCGGUGCUGCUAAUGCAGCCUCAGGUCUUCGGAACGCUGGCCAGUAUCUCAGGGCCGCAUCAAAGCAAGGCAAGAAGACAAUCUUUCUCGUUUCCGCUGGCAAAAGUGUGGUCGGCGUCUAUGUUGGUCAGAGGAUCUCAAACGUCGAUGUCGCAGACAGGCUUAUCCCUCAUCUCGUGGGCCACAUUCUUCCCCGAGGACUUCAGGAUGCUGCUGCGGUUCAGCUGUGUGGUGCAGGGAGAGCCGCUGAGGAAACUCUGGGUAUUAUGGCCAGCACCGACAUCACCAAAGUUCAAAGUGCUCUCCAGAAUUGGACGAGCGGCUCCUGUGCUCAGGAGCAAACGGGUUCCUCGACGCUGGAGGGCGUUGAGCUUGAUAUCCUCCAGCCUCGCACGUCAGCUUUCCGUUUCUCAAAUUCGAGUGAGAAUUCCCCUAUGAGACGCUACAAUCCAAGGCCACGGCAGAUAUCGAAACGUGAUCAGUGUACGACUAUUACAGUCGUGCAAGGGGAUCUGUGCGGCACUCUCGCCGCGAAAUGUGGUAUAAGCGAUGCCGACUUCCUUAAAUGGAACCCGAAACCGGACCUUUGCCCGAAUCUCGUCAUCGACCAAGAGGUCUGUUGUUCCCCAGGGGACUUGCCGAAUAGGAGGAAGCAACAAAACAGUGAUGGAUCCUGCGCAACCUACGACACGGUGCCAGAUGACAACUGUUCUGGGAUUUCUAUUAGGCAUGGUCUCACACUAGACGAGUUGGAGCGGUUCAAUGAGAAUACAUGGGGCUGGAAUGGCUGCGAAGGACUCUGGCCUGGUGUCAGGAUCUGUGUGAGCGAAGGAGAUCGCCCUUUGCCAUUGCCAGUUCCCAACGCUGUGUGUGGCCCGCAAAUGCCAGACUCUGAACCGCCGGAGAAGGGGAAGGAUCUUGCCCUUAUGAACCCUUGCCCCUUGAACACAUGCUGCAAUAUUUGGGGCCAAUGUGGUACAACUGCCGAUUAUUGCACCGAAGCGACGGGAACACGGCAGGAGCUUGCAAAAGUCCAAAACCGCUGCAUCUCGAACUGUGGAAACAAAAUAAUCAUGGGCGAGAAGCCAUCGAAUUUCAUCAAGCUCGGAUAUUUUGAAGCCUUUAAUCUCGAGCGGGAAUGCCUCAACAUGGACGCCUCACAAGUGCCUAGUGACUACACACACGUCCACUUCGCUUUUGUGGACUUGACCCCGGACUACGAAGUCAACAUCGGCGAUCCUCUCGUUAAAUUCCAGUUCGAGCAGUUCAAAAACAUCCCGUCCGCUAAGCGCAUCGCCGCGUUUGGGGGCUGGGCGUUUUCCACAGAACCUGCGUCAUACAAGAUUCUGAGGCUAGGGACUGAGCCGGAGAAUGCGGAAAAGCUAGCGAGCAACAUCGCACGUUUUAUCAUCGACAAUGGCCUCGACGGAGUAGAUAUAGAUUGGGAAUAUCCCGGAGGUCCUGAUCUCCCAGAGGAUGAUCCAGGAAAAGCUUCCGAAGGUGGUUACUACCUAGAUUUUUUAAAGCUCCUGAAGCAGAAGCUCCCUGGCAAGUCUGUAUCCAUCGCGGCACCAGCGUCUUAUUGGUAUCUUCGGCAAUUUCCAUUGAAGAAAAUCAGCGAGGUCGUCGAUUACAUCGUGUACAUGACCUACGAUUUGCACGGUCAGUGGGACCACGGUAACAAAUGGAGCACGCCUGGCUGUCCCAUUGGAAAUUGUCUGCGCAGCCAUGUCAACAAGACAGAAACUUUGAAUACCCUGAGCAUGAUUACAAAAGCAGGUGUCCCCUCAAGCAAGAUUAUCGUUGGCGUCAGUAGUUACGGGCGCAGCUUCCACAUGGCAGCUGCUGGCUGUACUGGUGUGGACUGCACUUAUACCGGAUCUCGGAUAGUCUCGGAUGCUCGACCUGGGCGAUGCACUGGGACCGGCGGUUAUCUCGCGAAUGCGGAAAUCAACGAAAUCCUUAAGAGGGGUGGUAAUGUUAAAUCGUGGAUUGACGAAGAAAGCGAUAGCAACGUAAUGGUGUACGAUGAGGUCGAAUGGGUUGCGUGGAUGGAUGAAGAUACUAAGACGAGGCGAAAGCAGAUUCACUUUGGAGGCACUUGCGACUGGGCAGUCGACCUGCAAAACUUUGUCGAGCCCCCAAGCUAUAAUACGGCAGAGGAUAUCCCAGGUGCCGCAGGUCCGAUUGAUUGGACAGGCAUUAAGCUGAACCUCUACAGGACUGGCGCACCAGCCUGCGAUCUAGAGAGGCGAACUGUUAGAUCCGCCUACGACUCCUACAAGACCAUUGGGCAAGACGUUCAACGUAGAUCUCAUGAGUUCAUGACGAUCUUUUCGCCCAAGGAAGAGAGCCUAGGGGCCUUGAGUAUGGUACUAGAUCUUCUCACAAUCCCAGUUGCCGGGGGCGGAGCUAUGAUUUUCAAAAACAUUUUUGGGAGUAUAGUCGCCGACGAUGUCUUGACCGACGUCGCCAAAGACAUGACAAACGCGAUGAUUUCAGUAGGGUUCAGCGCUGCUAAAUCGACCGAUCCAGCAAGUAGAGUAGCCGGCCAGGAGAUGGCAUUCAAUUCCAUUAUCGAUUCGACCAUCGAGCUAUGGGAAAUACAGGCUGCAUCCGUUCUUAAAAAACUGUUUAGCGGCGACGACGACAGCAUCAGGGCCCUCACCGAACUCACCAAGGAUGGCAGGCUCACACCUGGGAGCAGGAAUGGCACCGUUAAGGACAGCGAUGUUAGCUCCAAAAUCGCGGAGGAAUUCGCUCAAGAAGAGAUUGGGAAACGGGCUUUUUACGCAGUGGCGAUUCCGACUGUGUGGAAUGAGACGGGACAGUUUCCCGCCGUUCUCGACGCGGGCGAUUGCAGGGGGGAAAACGCCAUCCCCGAUAUCGUAUCAAAGGAUGGUAGCAACUACUCCUACUCCUGCUACGACCGCCGAGCAUACUUCCUUGUAUCUGCCCCCGGCACUUCGGAAGGUUGGCGCUGUACACCUGGAGAGGUUAAGACGAUCGAUCCUUGCGACACACAACCUUUCCGCUUACCGCGGGGGAUAAACCAACUCGACGGUACGAAAUGGGGCACGGUAACACACCAUGAUAUCAUUGCCGGAGCCGUCGAGACGUACAAAAAGGCGGGCAACCGGAAUGGUGGGAAUGUCGAACCGAACCCGAAUGAUAAGGAAACAUUUGACGCCCUUUACGAUCGUGACAUUCGCGCGCCCGGUAUUAUAAAAAUCCCGGUCUGUCCCGCCGAGCAAGGGCACCGCAACUGGGUUAAUGGGGCGGUGGCGAAGAAGGAAAAGUUCUAUCCUUGUAAUUAG